AUAUUUUUAAUUUUAGAACCAUAUUUAUGCUUACAAUGUGGACGACAAUACAAAACCAAAACUGGUUUUUUAUACCAUGUACGCGUUGAGUGUGGAAAGCCUCCAGAGUUUUGUUGCUCAAUGUGUAACAAGAAGUUUAAGCAUAAAAUGAGUUAUCAAAGACAUAUGAUCUUGCUUCAUAGAAUAAUAUUGUUACCCUCCUAUCAAUGUCCUAAUUGUUAUCGGCUGUACACGUAUAGUAGAGGAUUAUCAAGACAUAUUAAAUAUGAAUGUGGAGUUGAAUGGAAGUUUCCAUGUGUCAUGUGCAACAGGCCAUUCAAACAUUUAUCUUUAUCAUUGUGUACUCCCAGUGAAUGGCGUCCCUAUGUAUGCGACAAACCUGGCUGUGGCCGAGGAUACAAAUAUAAAAGUGGACUCUUCAGACAUGUAAAAUAUGAAUGUGGUAAAGAACCACAAUUCCAAUUCUCACAGAUGAAUUUUUUCAUUUUUGAAAAAAAAAUUAAAUUUUUUAUUUCAAUUUAUAAAUAUAUUCUAAUUUGUAUGUGUUUUUUAGGACCUCAGAUAAAGUUGAAACUAAAAGAAAAUUUUCCCAAGUUUAUGGAAUGUCCAAAUGGAUGUGGAUAUACUUAUACAGUUAUAAGUAAUUAUGAAGAACACAUGCAAAAAUAUUGUACUAAAAAUAAAUAUUAUACAUGUCUUUAUUGCAAUGCUUCAUUUCAUUUGAAUGAACAGUUGAAAAAACACUUACUAAUGAUACACAAGUGUUUUUGAAAAUAUAUUGCUGACACCACGAUACAUAUUUAUAAAUAUGUUUAAUUUGUACAUUAUUAUUUAUUGUAUUUAGUUGAUUAUCUUUGUAUUGACUUUGUUUUCUAACUACAAAAAACUUGACCAUGACUUAAAACUUAUUAUUCCUAUAUCAUUAAAUAAUUUUUUUAAUUGACAAAUACACUUUAAUACAGGACAGGGUAUUUAUAAAAUAUACAUGCAUCUUAACGAUAUAUUAUAUUAUAUUUAAAUAUUGAAUAUCACUAUACAUAUAAAAUUGUAUUAAAGGCUCAAAGAAAUGAUAUAAUCUUCCUUAACUUCUACAAAAUAUUUCAACAUUAUUUCAAUGUAUUGAAAUAUUAAACUAAAGAUUUGUAGGUUAGUACAAAGGUACUAGUAAGUAGUAUGGUAGUUAUUUUAUGGAAAUGAUAGUUUCAAUGUUUUUUUUCAUUUAUUUUCUAAUUCAACGUAAUUUAUAAUGUAAGGAGGCUGCGUGUUUAAUAGACAGUAGGUAAUGUUAAUUUACUUUAAAAUUAAAAACUAAACUUUACAUUAUGUAUAGAUAUAAUUUAUUGAAUAGUAAGACUUUAAUAAUGUGUUAGGUAUAUCAGCGAUUUUCAACCAGUGGGUGGCCAACAUUUUUUUUAUGGGUCUCCAAUACAUUGUUUGUCACAGAUGUACAUUUUUUAAUGCUAUCAUAAUAAAAGAAUCACCAAAAAUCUUGGUUGCAUAUUUUUACCUCUAAAAGGUUAAGAACCGCUGAUG